CUCAUUCGACCGAUGAUUCUACGAAAGCCGAGCGAAAGUCAAGCAACUAACGAUAUUGCAUGAAUUUGUCGAAUGAAGCAGAGUUUCCGAUGAACGCAGGCACGGUGACGGCGUCGCCGAGCCCCCUAGGACUGUCGCUAACGCCGCCCCCGUCAAUCGGCGGGUCGCUGGGUGGCUUAGUGGGCAGUGCUAACCGCGUGAGCGCCGCACCAGGUGCCGAGGCCAAGUUCCGCGCCAGCGCCGUGCCCGCACUCACGACCAACGGCGUUUUCGGAUCCAGCAGCUCGCUCUUCCCUAACCUCGUCGGCAAACCAGGACGAGGCGGCGCCGCCGGCGUAGGUGGCGACAAGAGCACUGGCGGACGAUCCAGGCUUCUCGAGGAUUUCAGAAACAACAGAUUCCCAAGCCUGCAGCUGCGCGACUUGGCCAACCACAUCGUGGAAUUCAGUCAGGACCAGCACGGGUCCCGCUUUAUUCAGCAGAAGCUCGAGCGCGCCUCUACCUGCGAGAAACAGCUGGUGUUCCAGGAGAUACUAGCGUCCGCCUACUCUCUUAUGACCGACGUCUUUGGCAACUAUGUUAUCCAGAAGUUCUUCGAGUUCGGCACACCCGAGCAGAAGUCCACGCUCGCACAGAAGGUUCGCGGGCACGUGCUGCCGCUGGCGCUGCAAAUGUACGGCUGCCGUGUGAUCCAGAAAGCGCUCGAGUCUAUCGGGCCGGAGCAACAGCAGGAGAUCGUGCGCGAGCUCGACGGCCACGUACUCAAGUGCGUGAAGGACCAGAACGGCAACCACGUCGUGCAGAAGUGCAUCGAGUGCGUGGAGCCACGUGCCCUGCAGUUCAUCAUUGGCGCGUUCGCUGGUCAGGUGCAUUCGCUCAGCACGCACCCUUACGGCUGCCGCGUGAUCCAGCGCAUUCUGGAACACUGCACGCCCGAACAGACCCAGGGUAUUCUGCAGGAGCUGCACGCCGCCACCGACCAGCUCAUACAGGAUCAAUACGGCAACUACGUUAUCCAGCACGUACUCGAACAUGGAAAGCCCGAGGAUAAGGCUCAGCUCAUUACCAGUGUACGGGGCAAAGUGUUGGCUUUGUCCCAGCAUAAGUUCGCCAGCAACGUCGUGGAGAAGUGCGUUACUCAUGCCACCAGGCAAGAACGGGCCGUUCUUAUUGAGGAAGUGUGCGGUUUCAACGAUAGCGCCUUAAAUGUGAUGAUGAAAGACCAGUACGCCAACUACGUCGUGCAGAAGAUGAUUGACGUGGCGGAACCGGCGCAGCGCAAGAUCCUGAUGCACAAGAUCCGACCUCACCUCGCCGGUCUACGCAAGUACACAUACGGCAAGCACAUCAUUGUUAAACUCGAGAAAUUCUUCAUGAAGACGGCUAACGCCAUGGGCGUGGGGGCAACACCGCCUACUGGCGCCACUGGUGCCAGCGAACUUGGACCCAUCGGUCCACCGACUUCGAGUGCCGCUUCCGUUACCACCUCGACUCAACAAUCGACCCAGGUCAUCUAAAGGCUAACCACCUGAUGGGUCCAAUCACGAAACAAGACCAUCACCCGAUACAACGCGAAAUAAAACAAACAAACAAACAAACAUAGUAACACGUCGCUCUCGACGCCUCACUUUGAGAAUUUAACGUGCAGUUGCAGGAUUUUUUAUUGUACGACGUUCGAUUAAGCUUUUUUCAUUGGAAUUUUUACUAGACAGUCCAAGCGUAUUGCAAACUUAGAUUAAACAUAUGGAGGCGUCGGGACGUACUUUUCAAGGCUGUAGCUUGGCAGUUUAGAGAGUCGUGUGCUCAAGGUGGAUUUUAGGCGUUAGCUGUGAAUUUAACCUUGAUAUUAUUGGAAAUAAUGAGAAAUAACAAAAGCAACAACGUAGUUUUAAAUGUUUUCAGAUACGUAGGAUUUUGAGUCGAGCGACACGCACAUGAUUAGGAUGUUUGUCAUUUAUCUGAAUUUAUUUCAACCUUGAAAUCUGCGGUAGGUUUGUACCUUUGCAUGAUUUUAAAGUUGAUCUAUAUACGAAUACUAGCAACUUUAUUAUUGCGGCGUCAGUAGUUCAAAAGCAAAAGCGCAACUUUUUCAAAAGAAAGAAAAAAGAUUUAAGAUCAGUUUUUAAACAACAUAUAAAGUUAAAAUACGAAAAAUACAUAACAAUAGCAAAAGCUAAGAUCCAUUGCUUAGAUGAUAAAACAUGAGAUGACAUCUAGAAUAGAUCAUAGUGCUGCAUGCAUUUAUUGUUGUAUGUUGAUCGAUAUAUGAUGUACGUUUCGUAUAUGAGAUAUCCUGCUUCUGUAUGAGAAUAGCAGAAAUUUCGCGUACAAUGUGCGCGCAAAGAUAGAAAAUGGUUUGGUACGAAAAAAAUACCGAAUACUAUUAACGUUUAUUGUACAAUUGAUUUUUAUGAUUUCCUAAUUGACACAAACCGUGUCCGAAGUUCACCUUCAACGUUUUACAAUAUUUUAAUGAUUGUUUUUCUCAGUUCACCAUUAUUUCAGUUAAUUAAAUAAUGUCUGAUAGAUAGUCAAUGACAUAAAAACAAAGUUAAUGGUAUUUGGUAGCUUGAAAGUUCGAGUGUUUGAUAUGGGAGCCAAGUCGAGAACAGCUCCGAUCCGACUGCAAAGAUAUCCUCAGAACACAUUUUAUUCGGGUUUUAAUAAAAAAAUGCUGCGAAAUAAGCAGAAGUUAGGCAUUUUGGUUUAGUUUGAUGACAAGUCUUGCAGGUACGGUUCACCAUCCACAUACUAUGCAAAACUCAAUAUACUAUAAACGUGGUAUGCUUUGACUACGCUUACCAGACAAAUUGACAUUAAAAAUAAUGUACGGGAAUUCCUCGGUGAAAAAGGAAAGAUGAGAAAAAAACAACAAAAGGCGGGACAAUUCACUAACAGUUCUUGAUUUUUCGUAUGCACUUGAGCGAGAAUCACAGAGUAAAAGCAUUUUUUUACGUGCGCGACGUCCCUGCCAUUUUUUUUCAAUUAAUUUUAUCCUAUUAAAAAAAUCUUCGAAUUUUGUAAAUUGUGAUAUAAAUAAUGAAAUGUGUAUAGAAACGACGUGACCCCCUCAAACCAAUCGCGAGGAACCGCAAAUUAACGGUUAUUUUAAUUUCCAUGGAAAAAAUUAAAAGAAUUCCCUCUUCCCUCCCACCUUUUUUAACGGACUCUGUGAAUAUUGUGUAUUAUAAUAAUUCUAAUUACUUAAAUUUAUAAAAUAUGAGUUACGUUUCGACACAGCUGCCCGAACUUUAUUAUCGGACGAACCUACGUGAAUCUUUCAUUCGGUACUCCUCCCACAUCGAUAUAAUUGUAAAAUAUGAAUUUUCGGAGAACAUAAUACUAAUAGUGACGGCUAACGAAUUUUUACAAACUUCCUCCAGCAAUCACAUACAUAUACACACAGCCACUGUUCGUGGCAUGUUCGAGCGUGUUUGAACUCAAUUGUAUAUUGUACAAAUGGUAAAAAGUUUUUUUUUAAUCAGCAAAUCAAGCUCGCACAAUGCGCGUGUAAAUUAGCCCCCUCCGUGCAUAAAAGAAAAAACGCCCCUCUCGUCUCACCAUAUUCACUCGCAAAUUGCAAGGCCGUUUUCGUUGUAUUAUAAUGGACGACCACUGACAAAAAGGGUAAAGUGCUAACCUCUUUGAAAUUUUCCAGCCUCGUAUUUAUGUAAUAUUUUUGUUUAUAUUGUAAAAAGGCAUUUUCAAGUAAAUCAUAUUUUUUUUAAUAUUUUUCAAAUUGUUAGAUGAGAUAAUUCACGUGCAAUCCUUGAGGGAAACGGAAAAGCACCGUCGGAAGUGACUAAGAGUUAAAAUCGAGUUGCAUCCCUUUCUACAAUGUAUCAUAUUUUGUUAAUGUAGGUAUUAUAUAAACAAAACAUUCACACGGUGUCAAGCAACUCGAUACAAAACGGUCCGUUCUUAUUUUGUACAAAAUAAACGAGAAGUUAAAAAAUAAGAGGAAAGAAAAACGAAGAAGAGGAAUGUAGCAGCUUUCUUUGUAAGAUAUUGUAAAUAACGAUUUAUUAACCAAAUUGACAAAUUCCUAGGUAUCUUCUCUCUCUUUAUUUUUAAGGCGGUAAACCGAAUAGCGCGAUUAAUGAACGGACGCUAAAAGCAGUAAGUUAUGUGACUAGUUGUACGUACUUACGCGUUUAACCUUCCGAUGGAAAAUUCGUAAUUUUUUGUUUUUAAGUUUGUAAUAAUACUUUUUUUUUGUUCACGAAGAAAAAGCUUUGUGUAACAUGCGUAACGAAGAUUUCAAAGAGGAUGCGCUUUUACAAGUGUUCCUUAGAUGUUUUUCAUUUUUUUUUAUUUUUUUUUUUUAUUUUAUUUUUUUUUUGUUUUGUUAUAACGGGGCCCCACAGUGCCCGCAGGGGAAUGAUACCUAAUUAACAUCGACUGCCGAACAGACAGACAUUCCAACUCAAAAGAGGAUAUACGUGAACUAAAAGUAAACAAGUAAAAAAUGAGUUUCAAAUUAAAUCAAUUUCAGUUGUCAGGGUAUAUGAUAGAGGAAGGCAAUUAAUUUCUAUAUAAAUAACGGCUUUGUGAACAUAUUACGAAUAAUGUUUAAGGAAUGACGAUAAUAGUUCCUUCAUCUCUGUAAAUCGCGCGUCAUUUGUAAAUUAAAGUGCAGAGCAACCACGCAUCAUUUGUAAUAGUAAUCAUCUUCAUACUCGUGACGGGUUUGCGAUAAUGCGAAACUUUGAGCGAAUUUUAAACAAAGCGAAAGGAGCGUUCAUUAAAAAAUUCAGAGAAGACAAACUGUAAGAAAAUCAAUCGAAUGCUAAAUCUCUCAUGCCUUAUCUAAUAGAAUUAUAAAUUUAUUAUCAUUAUCAUUAUUAUAUUAUAAUUAUUGCAUUACUAUUAUUAUAAUUACUCUGAUAUAUAUUAUAAUUACUUAUACAUAUUGUUUGUUUAAUGCCUCCUUCUUUAUUAUUCAUAAUUGCUAAUACUAAUUGCUAAGCAUAUUAUAUAUUAUACAUAUUAUAUACAAAUAUAAGACACGUAAACAAGCCAGUACAUAAAAAAGGAAAAACUUUAUAAAUAACAAUAGAGAAUUUUCUUGACAGAAAAGCAACUAUACAAUCAGAACUUCUUUUUUCUCUUAAUAAAAAAAAGUUUUAAAUAUUCACGUUUCCGUACAACUACGCUAUGUCUUCGCCAUCUAUUUAAAAGAAAAAUUUCACGAUGAAUAAAAUUCUUGUCCAUUUUUAAUUAUACAUAGUGUACAUUUUUUAUAUAGCACGUGAGAUUAUAUUAUUAACAGCGGAUCGCGCUGUAAGAACGACGUAGCACGUAGCUGUGUAUACAAACUUAAAAAAGGGAAAGAGAAGUUGCAUAAACAAGUAGACGCAUAGUCUUUCAGUGAUCUUUCACGUUCUAUUAGUUUUCCAUUUUGUUUUUACUGGCCUGGUUGCGCGUUGAGUAAUUUUUGAUAAUUCGAGAAGCUGCAAGUAAAUGUACCACGAAAUUUCCACAACAACAAAGAAUUGAUUCGUCUCGUCACGCCGUACUAUCUGCCGCUUAUUCUUUAUUUAUAUUUAUUAAAAUAUAAAUAAUUCUUACUCUUCUUUUAUGUUCCUUAAUGUUUUAGUUGUUUUAGAAUUAGUUCAGAGGUAACCUUGCCUAUACAUUGCAGCGCGACGUUUUCUUAUUUAUCGUUCGUUUUAUUUUCGAAGAUUUGUUUUCUCGCUUCUCGAAAGAAAAGUACGCCGUGACGACAUGAGAGUGGGUCGAGCAUUGAAAGCCUCAUUGUUAACGGACGAUUGAAGGCGAAGCUCUUUUAAUUGAUAAUACGGUACGAAAUGUACAAGGUUGAUGAAGUUUUUGCAAAUUCUUUCUUUUUUUUUUACAACCGGAAUUUUACAGUAAGAUUCGAUGCACUGUGAGUUCAACAAAAUUUAUGUAAAAGUUAUAGAAGCGAAUUUAAAUCAACAGAAUUACGUUUUCAUACAGAAUUCACAGUAGUGGUAGUAUUUUGAAUCUUUAAAUGCUGCACUAGGUCGAUCUUACGAAUCUUACUGAAGUUUAAGUGAAUUAUAGGCUCUUACAUCAUAAUGAAUGAAAUAUAAGUAACCCUAUAAAUAUUGAUUAUAUAUAUAUAUAUAAAUAUAUAUAAAUAUAUAUAUAUAUAUACCUGUAUAUGUAUACCUAUAUCUUACACCUAAUCGGUAUGACGAUAUGUAUGUAAUAAGUAAUAUUUAAAUAUUGUAACAAUUGUAUAUGAUUUUAUUACACGCUGAUUGUAUUAUAUACUUGAAAGAUCUGCGACCUCCCACUUAUAAAUCGUACUGAAUAAUGAAAGAAAACACACACACACAUACACAUAAAAUACACUGAUAACAUUGGCAUUAACAUUGGCUAACAGCAAUUUUCAUGGGCUCACAAAAAAAAUAGACUCGCUACACACGUAGACCCACCAGAUUUCAACUGCCAUGGCGCUGAAGUAAAGCUAAGAUAAGAAAAAAAUAUUGUACAAAUUAAGAGUGGGUACUACAGGGAAUGAGCAAUGCAAGAUAAUGUCGAUGGAUCGCACGAUGAAAUUGCGCAAUCAACCUUGACCAUUUGUAAAUCAGAAAUCGACUAAUAUCCAUAUUGGGAAUGGUGCGCCCUGAUAUUAAAGACUGAUGUACAGUUGCGCGCUAUUCUCCCCCUCCUUAUCAAGUCACUUGUAUCCUCGAGCACCACGUUGUCGCAUAUAACCAACACACACAAACACACACACACACACACACACACACCCAAACACAAGUACACGCAACACGGCAACUUUUCAUGUCGAUACCGAUAUCCAGAAUCGAUUGGAGCUUGUAUAUAUAGUGUUAUCAAGGCGCAAAGGCGAGAUCUUGAUGACUGACAAGUAGCGAGAGGUGAUUUUUCAAAUUUUUGUACCGAUUCAUACAACUUUCCUAUGCAUCAACGGACCUCCCGUACCAAGCCUUUGCUAAAUUUGAUAAAUACGUAAGAAUAUAAGACACGACACGUAACACAUUUGUCAGUUUUCUGCAAGAUCCGCCGAUGCGAGCGCGAUGCACUUUGAUAUUAACACACCAGCCGUAAAUCGUGGAAUGGGAUGAUGGCUCGUUUCCCGAUGACAUUUAAGUCUGCGAUUGUUGGUUCGUGUGCGCUUCUGAUCAUCCGUUUUGUGUGAACGCUGGCUCGCAUUUUGCUGCGCGCCAUCGGGCCUCGGAGAUCGCAUGGAUUAGUUGAACAAACUACAACCAAUUCUAUACGAUAAAAUUUCAUGAAAAAAUUACCUUUCUGCUCGUAAGGUCGUUCUUGAUAAACGUGUGUACAUAUAUGCAUUAUAAAACCCUAGGAAAUAUCUCCGCGUUGAGCGUGAACUGCGUCUUUUUUUCACUGUAUCUCACAGAAAAAUAGUAAAAAAAUAAUAAAAUUACAAAAAUAUUUUUCUUUUUUUUCUUUCACUAAAGCCUUGUAAGUUCUACUAUGUUGGCGAUAAUUCGUAUGUGAUUGUGCAUUGUAAUUUUGUGUUAUAAGAGUCAACAAAGCAUACUAUGACAUUGUAAUAAAUGAUUUUUUUAAUCAAAAAAAACUAUUGACUCAUUCAUUGGAAAAAUUAACAGUUGCCGAGUGUAACAUUUAUUUACUUUGCAAAUUCGUGAUCCAAGCAGCACAAUGCGAGCCGACGACAAAGUAUAAGAAAGUUAAAGAAAAAAUAAAGACAACAAACAAAAGUUUUGUUGGAAAUUAAAAAAAAUAAAUAAAACAUAAAUAAGUGGGAUGGACGAGCAAUGAAAAUAUAAAUUACGUAAUUUGUAUAUUAGUGUAUAGAAUGUAGAAACGAUGAAAUAGUCACAAAAAGAAUCAUUUUCAACAAUGUUUUUUACAAUGGGCGGUACUGAGACAAAAAAUGUCAACAUAAAUGUAACAGUAAUAAAAAUAAGAAAAACAGUUGAAAAUCCGAUGAAACAAAAGCGAUGAGGAAUAUAUUUCCCGAGAAAAAUUUUCCCAAAUCAAUUAAGAAAAAACACAUUAUUUCGAGCUCAGAGACACGCCACUUCACUUUUUCAGCUUAAACGACGACUGAUUUGUUGUAAUAAAUUCACAACCAAUUUGAUCAUCCAUUUUGCACCGCUUGAUUGUAACGCCACUGUCAAACUUUUAGUUACGAUGCCGAACAAACUUUGUAUAUUGUUGUAAAGUUUUUUUUUACUGUAAAGAUAAAAAUUUGCCUCUGCGCAGCCCUCAUCGCGUUAGAAGCUAUCGUGGCUGCGAUGGAAAGCUGACUUUUUCGAUGAAAAGAAAAAAUACUUGUGAUCCACUAAACUUCUCACUCGAUCUUUCUAUAUAUUCUGAUUCCUAUUGAUAUAUAGAUCUGUAAGAAAACUCAUUGUCGUGCAUUUUUUAUUCAAAUCUAAUUGCAUUUGCCAUUCAAGUAACCAACUCUUUCAAACGAUCGACGCACUUUUUUUAUAAAACUACACAUUUAAAAAAGAACACACACGCAAACUGAAAGUCUCAUUCUUGGCAAUCGAUGAAAAAAUUCGCAUCCAUCUCUUGCUUCAUAUUCACCUCUAUGUCUUUAGGGAAGAAAAAAAUUUGUUCAAAUAGUCAGGCUUUUAUAGACGUAAACGGGCGUGCCUCGAUGAGAAAUGAGUCAAGAAUGAUCACUUGAUCCGCUGCAAAAAUUUCGGAAAGACACUAACCGAUGAAGAAAAAAGGAAAUAGCGAUGAGGAUGAGCAGUUUUACGCGUUUAAUGUCGUAGGGUCCACUUUAAGCGUUCAAAUAGAGAGGCUCCGUCUGUAGCCCGAGCAGUCUGGAAAGCUGUCACUCGACUAUUUAACUAACUAAACUUUAUAAAUAAUCGAUUAAUCAAGUUAUACAUAUUUCAGUCUAGUUAUACGACGGAAACUAGAAUUGUUUCGUGUCGUCGUCGCCGGUGAAUAUAAAAAAAGAGGAUUUAGCUACGUAAUUUAACUCGUAAAAGGCGUAGAUCAACAUCGCCGACGAUUAAUCAUUUAACAGUGGAUAUAUCGUUAUAUAAUUAUGUGUACCUAUGUAUCGAUUCGCUUUAUUCGGCUUCUGUUUAAUCUUCCCUCGAUUAUUAACGUGAUGAUUGCAUUCUACUUUAGUUUCGAUUGAAACGCUUGGGCGUUAUUGUGUAUCCUCUAGGCAUUAUUAUUUAUUGUGUCAUUCAUACGUGUCACUUGCGCUUCUUAUCCGUAGGGCGAUCUACGUCGAAAGGAUUUCCGGGCGAAUUCCGACUUCCUGUCUGUCUUUCGAAUCUCUGCGAAUUUUUCUCACCGAUAAAAAAAUACUUCAACUAUCCCGAAACUCCAUUUCCGUUCGGACAUUGCGUUCUACAUUUUAUGUAAUAAUAAACCGAAUAAGCACAAAAUAUCAAAAUGUAAUAACCUCGAUAAAGUCCCAUCACAGAGAGAAAGCGCCUCGGGAAUAAAGAAAAACACGAUGACCACGCUAGUACAUAGUUUACUUUAGGUUGUAAUCAGCAUUUCCCAUUCAUACGUAGACUAUGCAUUUGCGACACUUGCACACUUCUUACACGCAUACACCAGACACAUAAAUACAUACACACUAUUAAACAUCCAUAUGCAAGAUACGUACACACACAUACGACACUUUUAAAGAAAAUUGGUAAUGAAUUAAUGAUAAUCUAAAUGUAACAUGUAUAUGAUGGUUGUACAAAUGUAACAUUUUUUUCCAUUAUGUAUGGAUGACGACGAUUACUAAAAAAUAAUAAAAAAUAAAAUAAUAAAGAAUUUGAGACGCAAAGGCAAAAUGAGGAAAGGAUAAAUAAGAAAAAAAAACAAGCGAAAACAAAAUGUGUGUGCGCGGGAAUCGAUGAAGCUUCGCUUUCAUCGGUUGAUCGCAUCACUCAAGAGUGAUUUAUCGAUAAACUACUCUUACUUUUCAUUAUAUAAAAUACC